CCUAAAACCCUCAGACCUAAAACCCUUCAAGCACUUAUCUCCACUCUUAACACCAUUGCUGGCAUUCAGAGUCUUGAGUUGUAUCGUUCUGAGCAAUUCACCAAAAUUUGGCCCUUUAAAUCAAGAAUUGAUUUAAUCCCUUUAGGUAAGGUGACAGGGCUGGAUUCAGGACUUCGCGACAAAACAAAGCUAGCUGCAGAUGGAAAUGUGCCCAGACUGUGGAAAGUUAUUGCAAUAUGAGUUGCCUCAUAUGGACCGUCCAGCCAGAUUCUUUUGCCCUGCAUGCCCUUUUGUUUGUAACUUAGAGAACCGGCUUAAGAUGAAGAAAAGGCAGCCUUUGGUUAAGAAACAAAUGGAUCCAGUGAUUUCGACAGAAGACAUGGAUAAUGCUUCGACUGCUGAAGUGCCAUGUCCGGCGUGUGGUUACAGGGAAGCUGCAUAUUAUCAAGUCCAGAUAAGGUCAGCAGAUGAACCCAUGACUACAUUUUACAAAUGCAAGAACAAGAUGUGUGGAAACAAUUGGAGAGAAGACUGAAAUGGUUUUAGGAUAACUAUGUAUCCUUCAAUAGUUUCUUGGGAUCGUUUCUCGAUUUGUGCACACCAUCCUUGCGCAGGGGCCAUGCUGAUCUUCUCAGUAUCAUUUCAAUUUCAUCCCGGAUGUCCCUAGAGAUACCUGUAUUCGGCAAAAGUCAUGUACUCUUAAGUCCAAGCAUUGGUCCUCCAAGAGUCUUAACUUGUUAUGAAAUUUUGUCAGUGUGAUAUUACAAGGUGUUGAUUGUGAUGCUUCA